AUGGUAUGUCGGCGUGGGCCACGGACAAUGGAGUCGUGCUAGACGCAUUCGCAGUGACUAACGGAGUGAAGCAGGUCUGCGUCUUCGAAUCUACCCUCUUUAGUCUCACGUUCCUUGUCCUGCUGAUGGACGCAUACGUGACAAACCCCUCGGGAUCCGCGUCGCCUACAGGACGGACGGUCAACUCUUCAAUCAGCGACGGAUGUACUUCCAGUCGCGUGUAUCCACAGCAGCCGUCCAUGAACCUUUCGUCAAUGACUGCCCUCUCAACGCCACCUCGGAAGGGGACAUGCGAAGGAGCAUGGACCUCUUCGCCGCCGCCUGCGAGAAAUUCGGCCUGAUAAUCAACACGGAGAAAACGGUGGUCAUGCAUAAACCGUCACCCGACGCUGCCUACGUCACACCCAACAUCAACGUGAACGGCACCCAACUGCAAGUGCUGGACAACUUCACCUACCUGGGCAUCACCCUCACUCGCCAUACCAAAAUCGACAAUGAAGUGGCCCGUCGGAUUUCCAAGGCCAGCCAAGCAUUGGGCCGUCUGCGAAGCACAGCUUGGAAUCGACGCGAUCUCCACAUCAACACCACACUGAAGAUGUACAAAGCGGUCAUCUUGCCGACGUUGCUGUGGAGACUUGGACUGUGUACAAGAAGCAGGUACGAAGAAUCAAUCACUUCUACCUCAGCUGUCUCCUACAGAUGCUGA